AUGGCCGUGGGAGAUGCCUACAAAGCUCGAGUUGCUGAGAAGCAAGCCUUCGAAAUUGCGCCUGGGCCUAACCGCUCCCAAGUCAAGGGCAAAGGCGCAGAGAUCGAGCAUGUCGAGGCCGUGGCAUACAGCGCGGAGAAGCACAAGCCCAAGAAGCGGCAGCGACUGAAACGGCACUUUGCAAAGUACUGGUGCUGCUAUCUGCUUGCAGGCACUAUCUUCCUCGCAAUCUUUUUGCCGGUCUUGUACGUGCUCAGGGCGUGGUCCAAACGCAUCGCUAAUGCUGAUAGCUUCCUCGUCGCCAUCCCAGCCAUUGCCCAACGCAUCGUCGAAGACACUUCCCUCCCCGUCUACGGCGCACACAUCACCAACCCCAAGCCCGACGCGGUUACAUUCACCCUCGACACCGGCCUCACCAUCCCGCUCGGCUUAAGCGUUCGACUGGAAGCUUUCGAGUUGAACCUCUUCAACCGCGACUCCGACCCUGAGAUUACAUACCUGACGGUCCCGGUCCCGGAGUACAAGAUCAAGGGAAAGACGAACAUUACCCUGACCAGCGACGAUACGCCGGUGCUUGACGAGGAUGAGUUCGUCAGGACGUUGACAAAAGCGGUUUACUCGAAGAGGUUUACAAUGUCCGCGAUCGGGAAGACGACGGGCCAUUUGGGCGCUAUCAAGGCGGGGAUUACGUUGGACAAGGAUGUUGAGUUGGACGGACUGGACCAGCUGAGCGGCUUCUCUAUUGACGAGGCUGCCCUUGUCUUGCCUGCAAUGGCUGACGGUUCGAACCUGCGCGGUAGGGCAACGCUGCCAAACCACUCCGUCGUCACCUUUGCCCUGGGCAACGUCACGCUCAACCUCAAAUCGGGUAGCAUCGUCCUCGGCACCGCACUUCUCCCCAACGUGACGCUCCUCCCCGGCAACAACAGCGUCGGCUUCACUGGCAAAGCAGACAUCAACUCCGCUCUGGCCAACAUCGGGCCCAUACUCUCCGCGCAAACCGACGCGCUCAAGAACGGUGAGAUCGAGCUCAGUGCCUCUGGGAAUCAGACCAUGUUCAACGGCGAGCACAUACCAUAUUUCGAGCAGGUGUUGAACGAUCUCACGAUUACGGCCAGAGUGUCGAUCCUGAAAGUCGUCCUUGAUACUCUUGGUGACUUCCUGGGAGAGGGAUCUGAUGGUGUCAUCGAGCAAUUAACCGACAUUCUCGACAGAAUAGAUUUUGGAACGCUUUUCGAAGGAGUAGACUUCAACUCGCUUGUUGGAAGUGUUGGCGAUAUUAUAGACAACUUGAAUCUGGGCGCUUUGCUUGACGGCGUGGACCUCAAUGCACUGCUGCAAGGCAUUGACUGGGCGAAGGUGGUCGAUGCUCUCCGUAGUAUCCUAGAGCAACUCGACCUAAGCUCAUUCCUGCAAGAUCUUGACAUAGCAGGUCUGCUACAAAGCAUCGACUGGACAAGCCUGCUCUCCAGCUUCGCCUCCAUGCUCCAAGACAUCGACUGGGCCUCCCUUGCAACAACCCUCAACACAAUCGUCAGCCGCGUCGACUGGUCAACCUUAUCUGAACAACUGCAGCCAAUACUAGAUAAUCUAGAUAUUGGCACAUUCCUAUCAAAUAUUAACUGGGGCGUGAUAAUCGAUAGCAUCGCGCCUAUCAUCCAGAACAUCGACCUCGGCGCUAUCUUCGACAACAUCGACUGGAGCGCAGUGCUGCAAGGUGUCGGCGAUGUUCUCAGGAAUGUCAAUCUCGGUCAGCUCUUUGAGGGCUUCAUCGAGGGCUUGAGCAGUUUGGAUCUGGGAGAUCUGUUUGAUUUCGAUAUUGGCGGGGUGAAUGUCGGCGACGUGCUCGGUGGUAUUGCAGACUCGGCGAAUGGGACCAGUAUCGAUGAGGCUUGGGGGGAUUUUAUGGAUGCGUUGGAGGAUUUUGGAAGUAGCAGUGAUAGCUAG